AUGAUUGGAUUUCAAAACAAUAAUAAGACCUGGAUUUUGAAACAAUAGGCAACUGCGUACACCAUUAAUACAGGAAUCAAUACCUACAAGCAUUAGCCUACAAUAUCAGUCUACGAAAAUCUUAAAUACAAUGAAGACGAUGAUUCAAAAGUUUUAAGAUCGAAUGAGAUAACAUUCUGGGCAGUAGAUCAAACAAAAUAUUCAUUAGAUGACUUUUUUGAAAGGUACUAUGGAAUAACUUUUAAGAUGUUUUCUACCUAUUAGUCAGUUUAUCUUGUAGAUUUUUAUGCGACUUAGCUGCGUGACACUUAAACGAGUACAUGGGCAGCUAAUUAUAAUAACUCGUUUGCAUCACAGUAAAUGUUAUCAAGUAAAAUAAAAUGGUUCAACUCCGCUAAAUACAAAUAGCUUUGUCACCCAGGAUACAGAAACAACCAUGAUCAGAAUAAAUGUGUUUAAUGCUAAUCACCUUGCAAAGAGUGCAGCUUUUAGUCAGAGUCUAAAUGUAUGUCUUGUCCUUUUGGAUAUGUUCUAAGCAAUUAUGACUGCACUCCUGUUGAAUGCACUAAAGGAUAGUACUUUGAUAUGGAAAUAGGUAACUGCAAAGCUUGUCCUGCUCCAUGCACAACUUGCGAUGAUAACUAGAAAUGCACCUAUUGUGUUUCAGGUUACAAAUAUGUUGAUGAUGGUUCAAAGCAGUGCCUCUUAAAUACAGACCCUUGUCCUGGUAAUACUUACAUUGAUCCAGAUGGAUUCCCUAUUUGUAGAAAAUGUGGGGAUGGCUGCUAUAAUUGCACAGAUUCCACUACUUGCUUAAACUGUUAUUCUGGGUUCUUUUUAACUAACGGUAAAUGUGAGUUUUAAAAAUGCCCUCCAGGUACUUAUAAUGAUACGACAGCAAUAUCAUGUAAAAACUGCAGUUCCGGUUGUGAUAAUUGCUUUUCCUCUACAACAUGUAAUUAAUGUCAAGAGGGUUAUUACAACUAGAACGGCUAGUGUAAAACAUCCUGUCCUGUUGGGCACUUUAAGAAUGGUAUUUCUAAUGCCUGCUAAAAGUGCCAAGCAGACUGUCUCACAUGUUAAGAUAAUAAUUAUACUUGUACAAGUUGUGCAACUGGAUCUUAUCUUUAUCAGAAUAGGUGCAUUAAGAGUUGCCCAUUAAUUGGAUAUUUUUAUAAUACUGUUAGCAAAGAAUGCACAGCAUGUGACCCUAAGUGUGAGAUGUGUAUUGCAAGUGCUACAGAUUGUGUUUCUUGUAAAACUGGAUAUCUAUAAUUGGAUAGAAAAUGCCAAGCAAAUUGUGACGACAAAUAUUAUGCAACUACGACUAAAUGCUAUCCUUGUGAUAUAUCUUGCUCAUAAUGCUAAGGAUCAACUAAUACAUAGUGUCAAGCAUGCAAUAAUGGAUAUUAUUUAAUGGGAAGUAGUUGCAUUAGUAGUUGCCCUCUUCCCUACUUUGGUGAUCCUUCUACAAGAUAGUGUUCAGAUUGUCGAUAUUACUGUGAUAGAUGUACUGGUUUUUCUAACUGUAACUAAUGCAAAUACGGUUACAUCCCUACUGCGAACGGUCUAGAUUGUAAUGGCGAGUAUUUUUUGAAGACUUCCUAGACAUAAAGAUUAGAAUUACCUAUUAAUCCCAGCAAAAUAUCAGCUACUAUCCCAUUAAUACAAGCAACUGUAGAAAUUUGGUUCAAAUCAGAUAAUAUACUUAGUAGUAAUACAGAAGUAAUAUUAGGUAUGACUCCAUAUAAGCUAAGAAAGAAAUAAGGAGUUAACUUAAUCCAAUUAAUAUAUCAAGGGCAGUUAUUCUAUUGUGAAAAUGUAAACGCUGAAAUGAAGAGUGAUUUAUGGUAUCAUUUUGCUUUCACUCUAAAUUAGGCUAAUAAAGCAUUAAAAUGUUAUUUUGAUGGAGAGUCCUACGAUAUUGGUACUACUCUACCAUCAUUAAUAGCCUCUGACAUAGUUAGACCUGAAGAACUAGUGUUAGGCGGAACUACUUCAGUUACAGGAUUUGAAAAAAAUUUUAAUGGAUUACUUAGAGAAUUCAGAUUUUGGAAUAUUACUAGAUCAGAUUUUGAUGUUAAACAUUUUAGAUACAUUGAUGUGGGAAGUUAUUCAAUAAAAAUGAUUGCAUAUUGGAAAUUAGAUGAAAAAAAUGAUGGCUCUGUUACUAAAUACAAGGAUUCAGCUAGUGGUUCACUAACUUUGGAUCCUUAGACUAUAUCACCUGCUCUUUCUGUUUAAACAAUGCAAUAAAUGAAAGAAGUAUAUUUAAAAACAUGUUCUGAAGGUUAUUAUCCUUAGUAUGAUGAAAAGAAAGGGUAUUUUCAAUGCAAGCUAUGUAAUAGCUAGUGUAAGAAUUGCAAGGGUCCUAAUGCUAAUGAUUGUACUGACUGUAAUUUACCUUAAAAGUUGAUUUAAGAUAGUCAUACCUGCGUGAUAUUAGAAAAAUGUCCGGAUGAAUUCUAUUAAGAUGAAUAGUCUGGACUUUGCUUUAAAUGCAAUUAGUUUUGCAAGAAUUGUAUUGCAAAUUCCAACAACUGCCCACAGUGUAAAGUCGGAUUUUUCAGAGAAUAUUAAGGGAUAGGAUGUGUUGAUAAGUGUCCAAAUGGGAUGUAUGGAAAUUAUUAGACUUAAGAAUGUUUGGUAAAUCCAAGAGUAGAUUAUCUUACUCCUCCAAAUUAAGAGAUCUUGGCUCAUGGUAGCAUAAUCGAACUCUAAGCUGAUUUCACAAUGCUAAAUGAUGAGAAUAUUAAAAUGUACAAUUACGGUUGGAAAGUUAUAAAAAAUAAUGGAUAGAUUGAUAUUUCUGUUGAUGCCGUGAAAUAGUAUUAUUAAACCAGCUUGAAAAAAGUUAGGCUUGAUAAUAACAUAAUUCGACCGAAUAAUUGGUAUACAAUUACAUUCUAUGUAUCUGGAAAUGAUAGUUUUGUUAAAGGAAUGUAUUCACACAUCACUCAUCAAAUCUAUAUAGGUAUGCCACCCAGAGGAGGCAAAUGCUAAAUUUCUCCUUUAAUUGGAAUUGCUUAAGUUACCUAGUUUUCUAUAAAGCAAAUGCAAUGGGUAGAUGAAGAACCGCUAUACAGAUAUGACUAUUUUUACUCAACGGAUGGAGGAUAAAUAUAUAUUCCAAUAGAAACUGAUGAUAUUGAUUUAUAGAGCAUCAACCAUACAUUUACCUCAACAUAUGACAAGUACACAGAAGUAAGAAUUAGAUGUCAGGUGACGAAUACAAAGGGCUUCUCAAAUAUGGCAAAUACUAUCAUUACCCUUGAAAGAAAGUCGAAUGCAAAUGCUUUUAAUGAUCUGAAAAGUAUAAAUCCAGAAAACUUAGAUACAGAACUCGAAUUCAUAUAGGCUGUGCACUAACUCAAGCUUAUCUCAAAGGAUCUUGGAGAUUUAGACGAUAUUGAUUAUAGAAAUUUCGAUCCAAAGCUUGAAAAGUCUUAAUGCAACUCAAAAUAAUGCUACAACAGGGGAAACUGUAUCUAUCUAUCAUUUUCAAAGCAAUACUACUGCAACUGCACUGCUCCAUAUAGUGGGUAAAACUGUUCAUUUGCAGACUAGGCAUAGCAGAAUAUGAUCAAAACUCUGGUUGAAGAAAUCUCUAUAUCCUAUAGUAAUCUUCCAAGCAAAGGCUAUGAGUUGGAAUUCUUGAAGCUUUGCUCAUUUUACACUGAUCAAAUAAAUGAAGCCUCAUUUGGGGUUCUCCUCUCUAUUUUGAAUUACAAAAUCAUAAAUCAGCGAGAAGAGGGCACUCUAAAUGAUGAUGCUAUUGUAACUAAUCUCAAUAUUCUUUCCAAUUUAAUAGAAUACUUAAGACAGCAAUAAGUGAUGUAUAAUGUGACUAAGUCAACUGCAGUUAAAAAUAUCUAGUUAUUUGAACUACUCUAAUAAUCAUUAGAAACAUUUGAAAUUCUUCGGCAAUAAAGUUUAAAUCAAAUCAAUAAUCUGACUCCAGAAAAGCAAUUCAUUUCAAGAAUGUUAUCUUACAAACAGAUAAUGAUAAACUAAGAAUCAUUGAUCAAUAUUUAAGCUUCAAACAGCACAAAGAAAAACUAAAAGACUUGGAUAAAAAUCUCUCCAAUAAACUUCUAAGGCAUGACAGUUAAUGUACCUUUGGAGUAAAACUUUAUCGUAGAAACGAUUGAGUAUGCUUUCAAUCCAUAUCAGAUAAUUAACACUUAAAACGUAGCUGGAAACAUUUUUGACAUUAAAUUCUACAAUGCUUCUAGUGGGAGUCAAGCAUUUAUUAAUAAUCUCACUAAUGGAUUUCAAUUGAGUUUUCCGAUCUUAGAUAAUUAUAAUCUAUCUGAAUUUAUGAAUUAGUAUAAUGAUCUUAGCCCCUAUAAAGCAAUAUAAAACUUACAAAGAACUAAAAUGCUAGCAGCAAGCAAUUUAAGCUGUAUUUAUUGGGAUAAUUUAAUUAGCAAAUGGUCUAAAAACGGAUGUGUGCUUUUGGGGAAUGACAAAACACAUAUCUAAUGCUCUUGUAAUCACCUAACAUCAUUUUCAAUUCAAUUUAAGACGCCUAAUGUCGCUUCUACAUAAAUAGAAUAAAAAUCUGAAAAAUAUUAACCAUCUUAGUUUACUGAAGGUGGGGAAAUAAGUCUUACUGACCUCAGGGUCCCUUUAAAAUACUACAUGAAAAAUCUUUAAGAGCUCUUGCAACAUAAGCAGCCAGAUCCUCUGGAGUUCUUCCUAAAGCCGGGAAUUUAUGUGAUAGUGAUUUUCUGGUUCAUGUAUAUUACUGGAGUUGUUUAUUACUCAGGAAGAGACUAAAAGCGAAGAUAUAAAAUGACAAAGUCAUAGAAUAGAGAUGACCUUGCAGAGAUCACGAACCCUAAUGAUCAAAAUCUUAUGGAUAUCAUUAAAGAGUUGAUAGUAAAAGAUUAUACCAAAAAGAAAGAAAAAAUUGAUUUGAAGACCUUAGAGAGCCCACCGAAGAUUAAAAAUAAAUAAGGGUCAAGUAUGAGUUUAUUAAAUGUAAAUAGAAGUGGAUCAAAGAAUAAACCAUAUGAGAUAGUUUUGGAGGAAUUAGAAAUUUCAGAUACUAAUGAAUAGCGGAACUCACUAUCUGUAUCACCUUAAGAACCAUAAGACUCUAAAACCAAGAUAUUUGAAUUUAAAAUGUAUGAAGACUUGUCCCCAUCAUCUAAGAAGUAAUAUAAAAAGAGAGCUUAGAAAAAGAUUUUAGGCAGAGUGGGAAGCGUAAGCGAAAGAGCUAGAAGGUUCUUUAAGAAAAUAUUAAAGAACUUUGAUGAACCGGCCGAGAGGAAGAACUAGUUUUUCUACGAAUCAUUAAAGAGCACUUUAUGGAUGGGACUUAUGUCUACCACAAGUAAAGUAGCUCCGAGACAUGUAAGACUUACACUAUUGUACCUAUAUGUUUCGCUGCAUUUGAUAAUUAGUAGCUGUAUCUAUAUAUUUGGAUAUAGCGAUCAAAUUUAAGAACUAGUUAAGGAGGAAAUGAUAAGCUAUGCUUUUGGAGCUAUUUUUACUCUGGUUAUUCCUUGGAUUAUUUGUGUUCCUGUUGCACUGAUUUUUAGAAUGCCUCUGUCAGUGAGAAGAUAGUUAGAAGGUGUUAAGACAAGGAAAAUCAAUAUGGCCUUCAUAGAAUUAGAUCAGUAGAUGAGUGCUCGCUAUGCUAUUGGAUACUUUAUUUGCUACACAAUUUAUAUUCUGAUGACGCUGAUAGUAAUUUUUUUCAACUACGUUUAUCCUUCAGAUUACUGCUUGAAGUGGUUUUAUUAACUUAUUGUGAUAUAUUUCUUGGACUUGAUUAUUUUUACUUUCGGAUAUGCUGGCUUCUAGCUUAUUAAUGCUAUUAUAGCUAUGAAACUUAAGUUUUACUAUAGAGUAUGGGCUUUUUUCGAGAUUAUUAGAUACUAUAAAAAUCUUAGAGGCUGA